GGCUCUCCCUCACAUCCAGGUGUUUCCUCCCCGGCCAGAGGCAGACACGGCAGGGGAAACAGGCCUGCCCCAUCCCCAGGGGACAGCUGGGAGCAGGGCCCCCAUGUCCCCAGCGCCUCGGGAAUCUAGAAAGUCCAAGUGGGCUUCACGGGCUGAGCUCUGCAUUUCUGCUGUGGGUCCACUAAUCACACGCUCUGAACCAAAGAACGGGGUGUGCUGUCGGCAAGAAUGACUCUUCAUGGAGCACAAAGAACCACCUCUCUGCGGAAAAACAACCACUUUACUUUCCAUUCUGCUGCCUGAGACGACCACAUCCUCCUCACUCACACCCCAGCCUCCCAUGGAGAGCUCAGAUGCGGAGCUGGACCUCCAGCGGAGCGUGCAAGCAGUUCUCCGGGAACUCAGCCCCCAGGCCCCAGCUCUGCAGAGCAACCAAGGCAUGUGGAGAUGGUCCCUGCACAAGAAGGUCGAGAGAGAUCCUGGGAAAAGUCCAGUGCUGGUCCGUAUUCUGCUCAGAGAGCUGGAAAAGGCAGAAAGCGAAGACCUCCGGCAUGUCAUCAUUCCCUUGCUGCAUACUCUGCUGUACGUGCUCACUAAGGCCACCGGCAUCACAGAAGAGCUCUACCGGAGAACCUACAACUUUUGCACGAAGUUGCUAACCCUGCCCGCCCCCUACUGCACCGUAGCCUUGGAUUGUGCCAUAAGGCUGAAAACAGAAACUGCUGUCCCAGGGACGCUGUACCAAAGGCUGGUCAUUGCCGAGCAGAACCUGACGCAUGAGCUGUACCCCUACCAGGAGAGAGUGUUCCUCUUCGUGGAUCCGGAGCUGGUAUCUCCCUCCGUGUGCAGCGCCCUGCUGCUGGAGAUCGAGGCAGCGCAGGUGCAGCAGACCCCGGAGGCCUGCAUGCGGCACGUGGUCUCCCACGCCCUGCAGGCGGCACUCGGGGACGCCUGCCACGCCAGCGCCCUGCAGAGCAAGCUGAAGGCCUGCCCUCGCCGCGCCCUGGAGUGCUAUUUCCACGCCGUGGUGGCCGCCGUGGAGCAGAUGGCCAGCGAACCCAACCGGAGCCGGGAGGGACACCUGGAGAGGCUGGAGGAGAUUUACUGCGGGCUGCUGGGGCCGGCGGCGGCCGCCAGGGGACGCUGCUGCGGUGACCCCCUGCAGGACCCACAGCCAAGAAUCCCUCUGCCCAGCCCCCACAUCUCCUUCCACCUGUGGACCGACGAAGAGCAGCUCUGGAAGGAGCUGGUCCUCUUCCUGCGCCCGCAAUCCCAGUUGCGCCUCAGUGCCGACUUGGAGGCCUUGGAUCUGCAGGGCCUCUGGCCAGACCGGGAGCUGGCCCGGGCGUCCAUGCUGUCCACUGACAGUGGCAUCGAGCGGGACCUGCCCAUGGGGGCUGAUGAGCUGCCUGUCCCCGGCAGCCCUGAGAUGGAGCGUGCCGGGCUGCAGCGCAAAGGAGGCAUCAAGAAGCGGGUGUGGCCUGCCGACAUCUUGAUGCCUGCGUGCUGGGACGGGCCCCAGGGACUGCACCGCAGGACAGGCCUGCCCAGCGGAGAUGGGGGGAUGCUGCCGGGGGUCUCCCGGCUUCACACGGCCAGGGUGCUGGUCCUGGGGGAUGACAGGAUGCUGGGGCGCCUGGCCCAGGCCUACCACUGCCUCAGGAAACGGGAGACCCAGAAGUUCUGCUUGACCCCCAGACUCAGCCUGCAGCUCUACUACAUCCCCGUGCUGGCGCCUGAGGAGCCGGUGACAAGCAGACAUUCGGAGCUCCAAGAGCUGGCGGCGUUCCUGGGCCGCGCAGACCCAUGGUACCAGAACACAGUCAACACACUCUGCCCGGCCAUCCACAAGCUGGCAGAGAUGCCCCCUUCCCUGGACACAUCCCGGACUGUGGACCCCUUCAUCCUGGAUGUCAUCACCUACUAUGUUCGCAUGGGCACCCAACCCAUCUACUUCCAAAUCUACACUGUCAAGAUCUUCAGGGACCUGAGCCAAGGCCCCGCAGAGGACAUUUUCCUCACCGAGCUGAAGGUGGACGUCCAAGACUCCAGACUCCCCAAAGAUGGCUUUUCCCCCAGGAGGAAGGGCACGGCUGAAGGCCCGGGGGCCGAGCUGUCCAUCUGCUACCAGAAGGCCCUGCUCAGCCACCGCGCCCAAGUGGUCACCGGUUCCCUGCGGGCCACUGGGCUGGUCCUGAAGGCCCUUCCAACCAGUGACACUGAUGGUUCGGGGCCCCCCCAGACCCCACAUUCUGCUGCUCCCAUCACAGACCACACGUGCCUGAAUGUCAGCGUGACGGAGGUGGUCAAGUCCUCCAACUUGGCGGGCAGGUCCUUCUCUACGGUGACAAACACCUUCCGGACGGCCACCAUCCAGAUCCAGAGCCAGGACCAGAGGCUCCUGACGCUGCUGCUGGACAAGGACGGUCGGCGAAUGUACAGGGAUGUGGUCAGGCCUCCUCCCGUCUACCCUGUAAUGGAGGGGCUGUCUUCACUGUGCCCCAGCAGAUCUGACCCCAGAGAUGGGUCUCCUGAGCUCGCCUCUCUCCACCCGCAGAAUCGAGGUUGCUCCCUGCCCAGAGCCGUGUUCCGGGACUCACAAGUCCAGGGCGUCGUGGGUUGGUUCACACCAGCCGGAGGCAGAAGGGACCAGAGCCAAGCCCAAGCCCCUUCUCAUGCCCAUCAACACGUUCUCUGGCAUCGUCCAGUGAGCCUGAAAGGGCGGCAGAAGGGCUGAGUCCAAGAGCCCCAGACCAAGAGGAAGGAUACACUACCCCAUCAGCCUCCAAACACUCAUACUAGCAGCCGGGGCGAGGCCAGGCUGCGCUGGGUGGCUUCUGGCUGUGCCCGGAGUUCAGGGAGCUGGGCCCACACCCAGGCCCGAGGACAGCUCCAGCAAAACUGCGCACACGCAAGACCCAGCUCCGUGCACAAAUGUCCACACGCCUUCAUCUAUUUUUAGCCCCACCCCUCCCACUCAAGCUCCCCCAUUGCCCCUGAAAACCCAAGUGAGAGCUGCUGUGUCGUCCAGGGCCCAGGCCUGGGGGAAAGUGGGAAGCAGGGCAAAGGCACCUCCUCUCUCCUGAGUCUGUUCCUUUCCCUCCCUCCAGCCAAUGUCCACGCGUGCAUGGGCAGGCAGGUGUCCCUCCUGGAGGAGAGGAAAUGUCAGAUUCAAUAAAGGCACACUAAAGUGAUUUUGCUUUGACCUAAUACCUGGCCGGAUAGUAAAGACGUGAAAAUUC